AUGAAUAAUCCUCAGGCGCUCCACCACUCACUACUGCGACCAUGCGUGCUUCACAUCCUCCGCGCUGCCGGAUAUCAUUCGACUCGUCCUUCUGUCCUCGAUACCCUCACCGACCUCACGGCUCGAUAUCUCAGCAUCCUCGCGCAAAGGACCAUCGCCCACGCCUCCCUGGCGCACACGGAGCCCGAGCUCGCCCUGCAAAUCUACCUACAGCAUGUCCGCAUGGCCAUGCAAGACUGUGGAACCCUCGGUCCAGAGCUAAUGAUGCAAGAACAGGACUUCAACGAGUCGGAAGAUACGAGGGGCGUCGAUGCAUUCAUCGCGUGGGCCACAGGACCAGAAGCGCAAGAGAUUCGGAGGAUUGCCAUUGAAGGAGGCGAGGGCGGCAAAGACGAUUAUCUCACUGUCCUGAAAAAGAAACAGAGUCUGAACGGAGAUGAGGAAUCAAGGUACACCGGGACCAUACUGGGGAGAGAGGCAGAGCCCCGUAUGGUCAAGAUUGAGGGCGGCGAUAUCACGAACCUAAAGGACUGGUCGGAGAAUCUAAAGAAAUCCAGGCCGUCCGAGGGCCUGACGAAGCUUGAUGAGAGACCUUUGUCUAUCCCCGGCUCGCCCGAAGAUGUGAAAAUGGAAAGUGUAGAGUAA